ACAUCGUACGGUACGCCUGGUUUUUGAUCUCACUCGUGCGAAGAGCGAUAAUUACAGCAGGACGGUACAUACUGUAGUACUGUACGUACAAUCGUAAGAUGCGAGUACGUACGAUCUGAGCACGAAUUGAGGAUUGUUUUUUUGAGAUUUCAUCAGAAAUCUCUCUCUCUCUUUCUCUCUCCCCUUGAGGUCGUGUCCCGAUAGCUGUUGCCAUCUGUCAUUGUUUCAUCAACAAGGUGAUCAAAGAGACAAGACAUCAUACAGUAUUCGAUCGCUCGUGACGGCUUCUUUUAAUACCCAAAGAGCGCUCUAUCAAUAGAUUUCUCUAUUCAAACCACUUGCAUUAACGUUUUCAGUUGUACAACAAUGACCGACGUCGAAUCAUCUGUUCCGCGAAGAGCAAAUAAGCCAGUCAAUCCAUACUCCGAUGGUCCGAAUCAAAACUCACGAUGGAACCCCAUCAACUUUGUGCCGAGAAUACUAUGGAUGAGUUUUUCUUUCUACGUACUAUUUGAUCGUUUCAAUAUAUAUCAUACGAUUAUGCACUCGCCUGACGUUAGCCACGAGUGGUUCAAAAUUGGACUCGCUGCUAGUAUUGGUGAGUUCCGUGAUUUUUUCUUGCCGGGUCAAUCUUUGUAGCACAAAUUGUGGUCGACAGCACAACUCCUCUAUCCAUUACUGACUCUCGCCCAACUGCAUUUAUUUGUUUUAAAAUCAACAGCAUUAUUUUCGAUCAAGGCAUAUGUUGAAUUGUACACGGGAAAAAUACAAAAAAAAGAAGUUAGCUACAAAGCGGUUCCGCAGUUGACUCAUGCAGCGAUUUUACUGAUAUUUGUAUCAGGAAUUGCUUUUCACAUUGCGUUAUGGCCGGUCUAUGGUGGAAAGUCGAUGGUUAUCAUGUUUCUAGUAGGGGCCUUCUUGCUGAAUUUCUGUUUGAUGUUCCCUACCUCUGUACAGAAUCUUGUUGCAAUCGUGCUGUUCACGUUUUUUCUUCAAGAGUACCAAUAAGAGAAUGUAAACAGGAAGAGAUGGCAGGGUACAAUUCUACUUGUGGUCGUUCAUGCGAGUAAGAGAUCAGAUCAGAUCAUAUAAAAGUUUGACGCAGAUUGCACUUCAGGUUUUCGUGCAUACAGUGUUGGAACUAAUUCUAUUCAAUGCAAUCUGCAAAGGUUCAUCUUGUCUGCUGCACCAGAAGCUUUCCGCUCUUCACCACAAGUGAGCAACAAUUAGUUGUUCUUCUUGGAGAAGUGGUGACAAGAAGAAUGAUGAAAUCAUUACUACUACAGCAACAGCAGGAUAACCCAACCAUCAUCAACAUAAGCCAUUAUUUAUACAACUUUGCAUGAGGAAGCAUUCAGCAACUAAUAGUAUUCCAUGUUCAUCCAUCCAAAUAGUACUUCUACUUAGUAAUAACUUCCUGUAGUUUGGUCCGUGGCUGCUGUAGUCUAUUCACYACGUAUCAUACGUCCUCGUACUAAAGGUGAUAGUCUGUCCGUAUGUCCAGUUAUCAGCGUCUCAAAAUCAACCGUGSCUGCCAAAAAAUCUUUCACAUCAUAAUUCUCCGUCCGACAGACUUGUUCAUUCUAUUUUCUUUCGAACUUUUCACUACAGCAAUCGUAAAUACUGUAACUCAUUCGAACGGUACAAUAACCGAAAUGGGAAAAUGGAAAGUACGAGGUUUGGUACCCAUGCAUAGGACCAUCGGUUGUUGAUUCCUUCGAUUCAUAAAGUUUCAUCCRAGUGGUGAAACAGCAAUACGGUUUGAUGAAACCGUCGAGACUGUUUGUAACACUGCACUCAAGGCCCCCGAUCCCAAUUUUCCCUGCUUGCUUCUUCUUGCUCUGCAUGUCUGUUCGAUURUCUCACUCCUUUUCAAGAAUAGCUUGGGGCACAAGGASUYUMAAUCGUCACUUUGCUACCGYAACUGUCGACGCAAAUACAUACUCAAGCCCACGAAUGGCCGAUCAAUCGCCCCCCAUAGUCGUGAUUAUCGCGGGCCCGACCGCGGCAGGAAAAAGCGAUGUGGCGGCACGCAUUUGCGCACAGCAGAGGGGGAUGAUYAUAAGCGCAGAUUCUGUGCAAGCCUACCGAGGGGUGCAAAUCGGGGCCAACAAACCCAGCUUAGAGGAACGGAAAGAGACGCCGCACAUUCUAAUAGACGUGGCCGACUCCAGUGAAAACUACAACGCAGCCGAAUGGAGAGAAGAUGCCAUCUUUUGCAUUCAGUCUUUGCUGGGCCGUUGCAACCAAGAGCAAGAAGACACAGCCACUACUCCUGCCGCCGAUUCCAAUCGUCGAAAAGAAAUCGAGGAAUACAUCCAGGAGGCACGGAUCGAAAAGGGCUACUUGGAUAGCGACAAGGGUGAGAAAGAAAUCGAAAAAAUUCUGCCCGUCGUCUGCGGUGGCACGAUGAUGUACCUCCAGUGGCUAGUUCGUGGAAGACCCGAUGCCAUGCGACCAACACCCAAGGCCGUUGAAAUUUCGUACAAGACUAUUCAGGAAUUUCAGGACAACGACAACGAUUACGAAGGAGCAGUGAAGCACGUUGCAUCGUUCGAUAAGGUUUUUGCAGAGCGCGCCCAACAACUAACCAAUGGCGAUUGGUAUAGAUUGCGAAGAACUCUAGAAAUUGCUUUGACGAUCGAAGAAGAAAAAAAGAAAGUAGCGGACGAUAGCGACUCUAGUUCUCGUGUUGCUAACAUGGUAGAACAGCUUUACUCGGGCCAACGAGAGGGUGACCUUGCAUCGUUGGGAUUUGAUGUUCGGUGUUUCUUUUUGUGCCCCGACGACCGCAUGAGCCACACUCGUGUCGUUGACAAGCGAUGCGAACAAAUGCUGAUGAAAGGACUCCUGGAAGAGACGACAGAAUUGAGCCUUUCGGGAUGCCUGCCCGAAAUGGCCGAGCGAGCCAUUGGAUACCGACAGACAUUGGACUAUCUGAGUCGAGAUCAUAAACAAGAGGGAGAAGAAGAGGAAGGCUCCAAGUCAAAACUAACGACAGCAGAGAAAGAAGGUUUUGAAUUUUAUUUGAAUGAGUUCACAACCGCUACCCGGCGGUAUGCAAAAAAGCAAAUGUCUUGGUUCCGUAAGGACAAAGAAUUUAUGUUUAUUCCGGUGUCGCUGAAGUUAGACAAACCAGAUCGCGUUGACGCCGCGGCAAAUGCAAUCAAUCAGCUCUGUAAGCUUUCUAGAGAAGACUACGAGAAAGAACUUUCAGGUGGCGACAAAUACCUUUCUGGGCAGACCAAACGAGAAAACGAAGCACAAGGGAAAACAAUGAAAUUCUACACACCGGAAAGGCAUAUUUUGAUCCCUGGUUCCAAAGAGUACGAAAAUGUUUUGACAGAAGCGAUUCAGUGCCGACAGCGUGUCCGAUCGAAUAACAAUAAAAAGCGAAAUAGGGAAUAGGGGCUUUCGGCAGAGACAGAGGUGUAUGUAAAUCAUCAUGCAAGGGUGUGCUUAGCURUACAGAAGUGGAAGACAUGAUUCUGAAAAUCAAGGCAAUUUUUUUAAUUUAAGAGUACCUGACAAAGCCGUUGAAUGCUUUGAUCACUCUGUCCAACCAUUCUGUUCAAUCUGCUCAACUUAUUAAUUU